GAUGUUGUACUGCUGCUUCACGUUACCAAAAUGUCAGUUGAUUUUGAGGAGUGUCGACUCUGAAGGUGAGGAGGACCACUUUGAACGCAACUUCACCAUGGCGACAGGAGUAGCAGCCUGGCUGCCUUUUGCCAGGGCAGCAGCCAUCGGAUGGAUGCCUGUUGCCAACUGCCCCAUGCCUAUUGCACCAAAGGAAAACCGUAAGAGAAAGGAUGAGCUGAUCGUACUUAAUGUCAGCGGUCGUCGCUUUCAGACAUGGAGAACCACUCUGGACCGCUUUCCUGACACCCUGCUAGGCAGCUCUGAAAAAGACUUCUUUUACAAUGAUGAAAUCAAGGAGUACUUUUUUGACCGGGACCCUGAUGCCUUCAGAAGCAUCCUCAACUUCUACCGGACAGGGAAGCUCCACUACCCUCGCCAAGAGUGCAUCUCAGCCUACGAUGAGGAGUUGACUUUCUUCGGCAUCAUCCCUGAAAUCAUCGGCGACUGCUGUUACGAAGAGUAUAAGGACAGAAAGAGGGAGAAUUUAGAGAGGCUGCAAGAUGAUCAGGAGGAAAACAAGGACAUGAAGUUGCCCAACAUGAACUGCAGGGAGACAAUGUGGCGAGCCUUUGAGAACCCACACACCUCCACUAUGGCCCUGGUCUUCUACUAUGUCACUGGUUUCUUCAUAGCCAUCUCUGUCCUCACUAAUGUGGUAGAAACGGUGCCCUGUGGUGUCACCGCCAACCAGAAAGACAUGCCAUGUGGUGAACGCUACACAGUGGCGUUCUUCUGCAUGGACACCGCCUGCGUCAUGAUAUUCACAGUGGAGUAUCUGUUGCGCCUGUUUGCUGCUCCAAGCCGCUACCUUUUCAUGCGCUCAGUGAUGAGCAUCAUCGAUGUGGUGGCCAUUUUGCCAUAUUACAUCGGCCUGGUAAUGAGUAACAACGAAGACGUGAGCGGCGCCUUCGUGACACUGCGCGUGUUUCGUGUGUUUCGUAUCUUCAAGUUCUCUCGUCACUCGCAGGGCCUGCGGAUCCUGGGUUAUACACUCAAGAGUUGUGCUUCAGAGCUAGGCUUCCUCCUCUUCUCGCUCACCAUGGCCAUCAUCAUCUUCGCCACGGUCAUGUUCUAUGCAGAGAAGGGCUCCAGCUCCAGCAAGUUCACCAGCAUCCCAGCUUCCUUCUGGUACACUAUUGUGACAAUGACUACACUGGGAUACGGAGACAUGGUACCAAAGACGAUCGCCGGGAAGAUCUUCGGCUCCAUCUGCUCCCUGAGUGGCGUGCUGGUGAUCGCCCUGCCUGUCCCCGUCAUCGUCUCCAACUUCAGUCGAAUCUACCACCAGAAUCAGAGAGCAGACAAACGCCGAGCUCAGAAGAAAGCCAGACUGGCCAGGAUAAGAAUAUCCAAGUCCAGCGCCAGCGCCUUCCUGCACAACAAAUGCAACGGCCUGCUCAACGAACUGCUGGAGCUGACGGAUACAGAAGAGGAUGAUCAGAAGCUGAAUAAGUCAACGUCUCUGUUAGAGAGCCAACACCACCACCUACUGAACUGUCUGGAGAAAACCACUGCUCAUGAGUUUGUAGACGAGCAGAUAUACGAGCAGAACUGUUUGGACACGGCGCUGCAGAGCUACCACUCACGCAGCCCGUCUGUAUCCAGCAACGACGAAUCUGUGGGCACCUGCUGUGGCUGCAGGACAAAGAAAAACACUCCUCUGCCCUGCAGCCCCCCCGUCCCGACACAGCAGAGCCCUCUGCAGGAGCUCAGCGCCUUCCACAUAGGCUCUGGAGGGUCCCACACCACCAGUCGAUCAAAGCUCAACCUGAAAACGAAUGACAGCGUCAGGAUCAACAGUAAAGGAGAACGCAUCACCACAGCGAUCAUCAGCCUCCCGUCGCCUCCCUCUUUAAACCCCGAUGCUGCUGGCCUCCGCGGGCCCCCACAGAGGAGGCCCCCCCCGCCCCCGGGUCACCCUGCAGCACCGAGCAUCCAGACCACAGCGAGCUCAGCUGGAAUCAACAUCUUCAAAGUGUCCGCUCUGUAACUCUCUGACAGGGGUAACUCAUCUCAGCUGGAGGAAAGAAGCGGGGAGGAGGAGGAGGAGGAGGCGAAGCAGGUCAUACUAACUCUAAUGACGCACCACGUCCCGUCUCACAGGGUCAACAGGAGGAGAGGCAGACAUCACUGAGGUACAGGAUUGUAUAUGUGAAUUGAAAAAAAAUAGUCACUGCAUUUCUAAUACUUUCUAACAGCAGUACAUAUGUUUGACAGCAGGCAGUGUGGAAAAGAUUGAAAGACAUUUUGCAGUUAGCUUAUCUGUACAUCAGCAGAUGCUGUCAACGUACCACAAAUUCACGGUAACAUUUUAAGUGGAUAUACCGUGAACCUGUAAAGAUAUUUCAAAUGUGUUUAAAGAAAGAUGCAGAAACGUUUUUAAAUGUGUUUACUUGAAUUUGAUUGGUCCUGUUUGUGUUACGUGUUGUUUGUCUCAACGAUUACACUUUUAGGUUGCUUUACAGCAUCAUUUGCAAAGCCACGGUACGAUGCUGCUGAUAUGUGAGCUUGAUAUGUCUAAAAGAGAAAAGAGAUGGGGCCAUUUUUUAAAUGUCAAUGUCUGACCUGAGUUUGAGGCUGACCUGACACUGUCUUCAUACCUUAAAGGGUUUCCUAAUGAGGUUAAACGUUUCAACAUGAUACCACACAAUUACUUUCAAGGAUGAUGAUUAAAAAGAAAAGGCAAACAAUGAAAAAAACAAAAAGCAUCGAUGUGUUAGUCUGUCUCAAACUUCCGACCUCUUCUUUGUGGCACUCAAGAUUAUUUGUUACUACUAAAGACAAAAUUAGAAAAGGUACAACAGCAAAAAAAAAUCGGCACUGAAGUUCAAGCACAUUUUACUUUACGUCAGCUGCGGAUGGAUUCAUAUCAAGAUUACAACUGAGAGCAACAGAGUGGUCUUUAUGGGAAAGCAUCAGUGUCCAUGUUCACUGUAAUUAAACAUGUCAUCCAGUGCAGAUUUCUGAUGUGUGUUUAUAGAGGUUACAAAGGAGUAAGCUUAUAUCAGGCUUCGGCCUAUGAAAAAUAUUGAAUAUUUACAGCCAUAUCCCUUAAAUGCAUACGGUACAUUUUUACCAAACGAGUACAUGAUCCUGUUUGUAUAAAUGUGCUUUUAGUGGUGUGGAAUAAUUAAAUCUGCAGCUGCUGCGCUGCCUCUACCCGUUGAGUGUUGUAGGCUGAGGGGACAUGAGAAAAUGAUAAUGUGUGUUUUCAUUAUGAGCACGAGUGGGCAUUUUAGGUAAUGAAUGCAAAAAAUGUUGAGCACCACUCUCAUUUCAAGCAGCAUCUGCAGAACAUUACAGGGAGGGCAACUCAUGAUCAAUCCAUGUUUUUCAAGCUUCAAAGCCACACUAAAAGCAGAUUUUUUACAAAAAGUUACAACAAGGUUACACUACAAAAGUGUAUCUGGGGCAUCUGAUCACUUAAAGCAGAAAUGUGAAUGCUCAAAUUGGCUGUACCAUGUUGUGUCUUGAGUUAAACUGUCAAGGAAGAGAUGAUAUUUCACUGCAGUGGGUUCAGGAGAUGUAAGAUAAACUACUAAAAUUACAUUUAUUUCAAAAAUUAAAGUAUUACAAUUUACAGGAAGUAAAUGUGCUAGUUUGAAAGGAUAAUCCAAAUCUGAAGUCCCUUUUCUGGCUUUUCCUACAUCAAACAUGCUUUACAUUAAAGUCAACGUAGAUUAUAACACAAAGAUCUGUGGAUGAAAUUACAACGGCUGCAGAGAAUGCAUUUUAACAGAUUCAUCGCUGACGAAAACCUUGCGAUAGAGUAGAAAUCCUUGGAAAAAGGGCAUUAAGAGAACCUUGAGCCAGAAUAGCUCUCUGAACAUUUUUCCAAGGUUAAUAUGAAGCUUUGAGGCCAUUAGCAGCUCGAACAUGAUCAUCUGAACGAUGGCCACAAGAUGGCAGCAAUGAUGCAUUCUGACAUUAAAAGAAUAAUAAUUCGGAAGUAAUAAAAGAUAAUUGGGUCUUGUUUAUGGACCAACUCCUGCUUUCAUAUUCUUUUUUUUCCUCCUUCGAGUUGUUUUUUGAUUGACGCCCGGUGUUUGGAAUAGUUUGUGACUUCUUGCAAAGUGUGCUAUGGUUAUGUGUCGACUAUGUGUUUAAAUGUCUUCAUUGUUUUGUUAAAGUGGAAGCUACGAUCAAAUGAAAUAGUUUUGACUGUAUCUGUAUACUUUGUGCUCUUUCCUGUAGUGUGUCACGUUUUAAAACCCAGGUGAACGUACUUGUGCCAAAAGAGUCACUUUUCCAUCCUCUGUAGGAACAACAAAGUAGUUGAACUCUUUAUAAUAAAACCGUGUAAAAAAUUACACACCCUUUAGAUACUUUUUAGAGCUUUUCACAGUUUCAUACAGACCGUGCUUCAACAGCAGAAAGCCUGCUCUCACACGGUGAUGAUGUAUGAUGAACAUGUGCUGUGAUAUUAAGAUGGAGUUGGUAAAGGGUGGGGGUCACUUUUUGAAAAGUCUUGGCAUUGCUGUAUGUGUUGUUUUUAUCUUUUUGAGCUGAGCUUUCUGUCUUUUUCUGUCUUUACAGUACUC